AUGGCCGCUGUCUCCGACCCCGUGGAACUGGGUACGCCCUGGGGACCCGAUCGCCCCGAGCCCCCUCCCACCCGCUUCCACCCGGUACACGGUGCCAACAUCCGCGUGGACCCCUCCGGGACGCGGGCCACACGCGUGGAGAGCUUCGCCCACGGCCUGUGCUUCAGUCGCGAGCCGCUGGCCCCCGGCCAGGUGUUCCUGGUGGAAAUUGAGGAGAAGGAGCUGGGCUGGUGCGGGCAUCUGCGCCUCGGUCUGACUGCACUGGACCCCGCCAGUCUGGCCACCGUGCCCGAGUUUUCGCUGCCGGAUCUGGUCAGCCUCGGCCACACCUGGGUUUUCGCCAUCACGCGCCAUCACAACCGCGUGCCCCGGGAGGGCAGCCCGGAGGCGGAGGCACUGGCCCCCAGCCGCCCCCCAGCCCUCCUGGUGGAACCGUAUCUGUGCAUUGAGCAGUUUCGUAUUCCCCGCGACCGCCUAGUGGGCCGCAGCCGGCCCGGGCUGUACAGCCACCUCUUGGACCAGCUCUAUGAGCUGAACGUGCUGCCUCCGACAGCGCGCCGCAGCCGCCUGGGCGUUCUCUUCUGCCCGCGCCCGGACGGCACGGCUGACAUGCAUAUCGUCAUCAACGGCGAGGACAUGGGCCCCAGCGCCCGGGGGCUGCCAGCCGCCCAGCCCCUCUACGCGGUGGUGGACGUCUUCGCCUCCACCAAGAGCGUGCACCUGGUCCAGGUCGAGUAUGGCUCCUUCUUUCCACAGUGCCGUCCCUGCAGACUCUGUGCCGCCUAGUGAUCCAGAGGAGCGUGGUGCACCGGUUGGCCAUUGAUGGGCUCCACCUGCCCAAAGGACUUAAGGAUUUCUGCAAAUAUGAGUGAAGGCCUGCAGCCACCCUGGAGUGCACGGUGAGUGCCUCCUGGCCCCAGAGUUGUGACUGCCCUGAAGCUGGCCAUACUGCUGCCAGCCAGGAUGGAAAUAAACACAGCUGAUGCUGACACUGAUCCUUGGAGGGUCUCCUUGCCCCUGAAGCCUGUGAGGGGCACUUCUUUUAGAAUCACUGGGGGUCAGCAGGGCAGGUGAGAGGAUGAGAGAGCAUUUCGACAUCACCUAGAUCAGUGGUUCCUAGCCUGGCUACUCAUUAUCUGGGAUACUUAGAUUGCUGGUGUCCCAGACCCCAUCUCUGGAGAUUCUCAUUUGAUUUGUCAACGGAUUAGGGCUAGAUGUUGUUUUUGUGAAAGCUCCCCUAGAGAUUCUCAGGUACAGGCAGGACUGAGAAGCAUUUCCCCAGAACAGAGGUCUCAAGUUUGGCACAUGCUCUAACCACCUGAGGAACUUUGAAAAAUACUGCUAACUGGGAUUCUGAUUUGAUUGACUCAGGGAUAAGUCUGGGCAUCAGGAUUUCUAAAAGCUUCCAAGAGAAUCUAACGUGCAGCCCAGGGUGAGAACCAGUGCCCUAGACCAAGUACUUCAUUUCAUAGAUGGGAACCUGAAGCCCACAGAUGGGAAUGUAUUUGCCCAAGGUCACACAGCAAAUGAAUGAAUGCAGAGUAUUUCUUCUCUCUCACUACAGGGCACAAAGCACCAGACUCCUUUAUUCAUAGCACUGAUCAUUUGCUUCCAUAGAAAUGAUCUUAUUUGAUCCUCAUAACUUCUGGUGAGGUAGUGGGCAGUCAUUACCCCCAUCUUACAGAUGAGGAUGUCAAGGAACAAAAUUGUCCAAGUGACUUGCUCAAGGUCAAGUCAAGAACCUAGAAUGCCCAGUUCCUGGUCCAGCACUCUUUUAACCCCAUCCAUUGUCAUGUACAGGUUCUAGAAUGAACAGGUCAGUGCUGUGAGGUGAGUUCCAGGUGUAAAAGGGAGGGACUAUGAGAUGACAUUCUAGAAGGGUGGAGAGGGUAGGACAGGAGGCAGAUGACUGUUCCCUCACAAACAGGGGCUUUGGGGCAGCCAUGUCCUAUUUCAUAUCUCCACAAGCUCAUCCAGGUCUUCCGCCUUCCGGCCAAGGUGAGAGGGGCUCCUGGAACUGGAGGGUGUACUACAACUUUCCCUGAGAACCUGCUUCCUGGCUUUGGGGAGGUGGAGGUUCUGCUGGACAUUUUGGGGCUGGCCCUGGAGUUUAUUCUCUUUGACUCCAAAAGUCAUUCCAAAAGUCCUUGCCAAUAUCUACCCACUUGUUCAUUCAUUCAACAAACACUUCUCCAUCACCUACCUGCAUUAGGGACUGACUGGGGUGUGGAUAUGAGUAAAACCUAGUUACCAAUCACUGGACAGCCCUGUCGAGCUGGUCUUAAUUGCACCCAAUCCCAGUGCUCUGCUCCUAUGCCCUGCCCUCAGGGGCUCCUCCUCAAAGGGACCCAAUAACAUUCCAUCC